CGACUGGAUAACGACACUUUUUACAGUUAAGAAAUCGCUUUGUUCACAUACUAAGAAGAUGAUGCUAAAGGUUAUAUCAUUGAUUUUGGCAUUACAGCUAUUGAAUACUUAUUGUGCAGCCUAUUCCUUAGAUGCUUAUGGAAAACCAUCGUUUUGCAAGCAACAUGACUGUCCAUCUUUCACGCGUUUAUUUGAAGUUAGGCAGUACGAAGCAUCAAAUUGGGUAGAAACAGAAGAAAUCAACAUGCCUUACGAGACAGCCAAACGAGUUAUGUUUUGGAAACUUUUUGGAUACAUCAGUGGAAACAAUGCGGAUGGCCAAAAGAUAAAUAUGACUGCUCCAGUUUUAAGCAAACACAAUAAGAACACCAAUAGUUACACAAUGAUGUUUUACUUACCUAAUUCUAUUUCUAAUCCACCUCAACCUAUUGACCCAUCAGUUAAACUUAGCUCAUUUCCAGCCUCUCUUGCAUACGUCAGAUCAUUUUCUGGCUAUGCAAGGUCGAAGGACGAUUGGGUGGCACAAGAAACUAUAUUGGCACAAGCUCUCCUUUCAAACGGUGUUGCCUACGAUAAAUCUUCAUUCUACACAGCUGGUUAUGACGGUCCUGGUGUACAAGAUAGACAUAAUGAAGUUUGGUUAUUACCACCACCCUAUUAUAUGAAUGGUUUGCCUGAUGCAUUGAAUGUAUGAAUUGUAGUGCAAGAUGCAUUUAAUGUAUGAAUUGUAGUGCAAUGUAGUGCAAGAUACAUUGAAUGUGUUAAUAGUAGUGCAAGGUACAUUGAUUGUGUUAAUUGUAGUGCAAGAUACAUUGAAUGUGUUUAUUGUAGUGAAAGAUACAUUGAAUGUGUCAAUUGUAUGACAUCAAAUACGCAUAUUUGUAUUGUUCACAGUUGAUGUCAUAUUACUUUUGUAUUUUUAAUCUGUUUUGUAACCAAUGACAUAAAAAUAACUCUG